UCAUCCCCUCCCCUUCUCUCUCACUCAGGCAUACAUACACUUUCAUGCGGACACGAGAGGACUAUUAUUUUUUCCGUCCAGGUCGUUUUAAUCUAUUCUAGAGAAGCAUUUAUCAUGCUAGUGUUUCUUGGUUUACUGCUAUUUCCAACAGCCUAACAAAAGUUGAAGCCUGUCAUUUUAAUUAAGUCGUCACUUGACUGCGUAUAUAUUUUUUCCCAAAUACCUGCUCUCAGGAGGAUAUAUUUAUAGGUAUUCGCAUCCUGUGUGAAAAACUGAAGGCUUUUCUUACUGAAGACAGGGAUUUGUGUUUCGAGGCUUUAUUCGCCUGAGGCUCUUUCGCACCUGCCAACAAAAUGUCUGCCCCAGAUGCUGCCGCAAGCCCAGGAGCCCCAGGAGCCCCAGAGGGUGAGGGAGGCGCACCCGCUCAACCUCCAAACCUCACCAGCAACCGCCGUCUCCAGCAGACACAGGCCCAAGUGGAUGAGGUGGUUGACAUCAUGCGUGUGAAUGUGGACAAGGUUCUGGAAAGAGAUCAGAAGCUGUCAGAAUUGGACGACCGGGCAGACGCACUGCAGGCCGGAGCAUCACAGUUUGAGAGCAGCGCUGCCAAGCUGAAAAACAAGUACUGGUGGAAGAACAUGAAGAUGAUGAUCAUAAUGGGAAUUAUGGGGAUCAUCUUGUUGGGUAUUGCUUUCAUGUACUUCUACUACUGAGCCUCUGGUGGGACACACAAGGACAGGCGACGUUGGCUUUGUGUGAACUCCACCCCUCCUUCUCUCCCCACCAAUGCCUUUCAUUGAAUCCACAGUGUGUGUAUGUAUGUGUGUGCGAAUGCGUGUGUGUGUGCAGUCAUUGACGCAGUGCCUCUCCCUCCCUUUGUCUGUCACUGCAUUUCUUUGUACCUCUCUUGAGUGCUUUGCAACAGUGCCCGAGCUUUACUCAAAAAAAGAAAAAAAAUUCGGUUAGGAAUAUCUAUGUGUGGUUUUAGUUUGGAGAAUGUGUUGGUCCUUUUCAGGGCCCCGAAAAAAGACAAAAAAAAAAGGGUGAUGCAAUAAUAUAGAUUUGUAGCGCUGGUCCGAAUGAGCCCAUGAAUAACUAAAGAGGAAACGCAAAGAUUAAGUUUAGGAUCAAGUCAUACAUCUAUGCACAGAAGCCAAAGUGUUUACCCAGAAACGGCCUAUGGUUCCAUUCGGAAAAAUAAGAGUAAAUAUUAUUACUAUGGUAUUUUUGGGGGAUAAUGUAUUGCCGUCAUCCUUAUAGAUUCCUAACUCGUUUUUAAAUAAAGCUAAAUGAUUUCUUUCCGUAAUGUUGACAUCUGGAUGGUACAUUUUAUAAUUCGUUUGACAUUUUGCACACGAUUUAACAGAUAUUUGAUCAUGAAUCUAUUCUUUGAUGCAUGGCAGAAGACUAAUGGAGGCUGAAAGAAAGUAAAUAAAAUGGUGUAAACAAAGUAUUUUCUUCUAUAUUUGAUUUUAUAUUUACCCAUGUGACAGUACGGUCACAAAUGCAAUUCUAUACCGAUGUAAUUCAGGCAUUUAGACCAUUAAAAGUGUACAACUAGUGUUGUUAUACCCUUACACCUCCUGACGUUACCAUUUAGAAUGAACUACUGAUAUGCAAACUGAAGGAUAACGUGACUCAUUUCAUGUAUAUAUAUCAUUUAGGAUUCAGUGUGGGACUUAAUCAGCACUGGAAAUGACAUCGUUCAGGGAUGAUCCUCUGCAUGUGUUUGUGUGAAACCUACAUGGGCACUUUAACCACCUUCGUAAAUAGUGAUUGUACGACUUUCUGUUGUUGUUGUUGUUGUUGGGGUAUUAAGGACAUAUUGUCCAACACCUGAAAUUUUGCUGUUAUUGGUGUAACAUUUUAAUGCAAGCUCGUCAUGUGUGAAUAACAUCCCCUUCAUUAAGCAUUAACUCAAAUUGCAGGGCAGCGAAUGUCAUUCCUUCAUUAAAAAAAAAAAAUCCUGAAUCCAUUGUGUUUUAUGCAACCCGUUCCAUUUGUAAAUAUGUGCUGCAGAGAUAAAUAACAGAUCCUUAGCAUUUGAAGCCAAGCUGCUAACUUGUGGUUCAUUUGAAAGCAUGUCUGCUUGCCCACCAUGUGCUGAUUCUAAUAAAGUGCUGAUGCUGUUA